UAAUUAUAUAAACCAAUUCAAUAUUUUAAUGAUGGCAUCAAAUCGUUCUGAUAGGAGAAGAGCAAGUUAUGAAUUGUCAACUUUUUUUUCUUCAAUACGUGACCAAAAUUGCAGUAUUGAAGUAAACGGCAAAACUCUUAAGCCACAAGUUGACAGAGCUAACCUAUACCCAGUUGAUUUCUCUAUAUCUGACGUUUGUUUUGAAAGCAAUGAAAAUAAUUUAAAUUAUUCAGAUAGUGAUUUGUAUUUAAAUGAAGAAGAUUGCAUGCUCUCAGAGUCAGAAGAUUUGUACAGUAUUUGCAUAGCGACUCAAGUGACAACAAGGAUUCAGAGUCCAAAGAAGAUUCCAAAGAAAAAAUUUUAACUAUUGCUGAU